ACAUAUUAUUUACUUUCAAUCUCUUUAGGAAGGAGUCAAAAUUCAGAGCAAAAAAAUUGUAAUAAACUAAAAAAAUGAGGAAACAAAUAGUAAAGGAGUUCAUAACCAUAAAGAAGGUGCGGUAUUUGCCGCCUGAACCUCCGGAGCCUCCACCACCACCACCACCGCCGAAAAAGUGGUGCCUGGCCGUUGGAUCCUGCACGAUGGACAUGAUAACGAUUGUAAACAACCGGCUCGUACCUGGUCAAGUGGCGCGGACUACGGAUGGGUCCUGGCGGCGGGGCGGACCCGCUGCGAAUAUUUGCACAGUUUGGCGCCGAUUGGGCUUGGAGUGCGAGUUCCUGGGCGUGCUCAGCCGAUCGAGGGCGUUCGAGAGCUUGCGCCACAGUUUCCAGUCGGACAAUAUCGACAUCUCAAACUGCCCCAUGACCUACCACCAUCCGCCACAUAGGAGCAUCAUUGUGCAAAGGAACACCGACUUUCGCACCGUCCUGGAGUUCGCCGAUAAGCGCCAGGAGCUAACCUACCAGCAGUUCGUGGGUGCGGUUGAUUACCAGAACUAUUUGUGGAUCCACUUCGAGAUGCGCCUUCCCGAGCAGGUUAGAAAGAUGAUUAUGGCCGUGCGCGCCUAUAACGAACGAUGUCCGGAAUCGAAGAUCAUAAUUUCCACCGAUGUGGAUAACUUGAAUCCAGAGAACAUGCUGGCCGCCAGCAUGGCGGACUACGUUUUUAUCCGAAAGGCCUGCAUGCACAAGUAUGCCUAUGUGAACGGUCGGGAGACCGUCUGCGCGGCCAAGGAAAAGAUGGUAUUCGAGAGGAAGAAGUAUGAGAAGUCGCUUCCGCCCAAGAACCCGUAUGUGCUGCCCGACGAACCCACGGAGGACGAACUUUGCCAGCCAGAGGAGUCCAAUCAACCCCAUAUCAUGUACAACAACUUUCAGGAUGGAGCCAGCUGUCUGAUGAAGGACGAUACCUUUAUCAAGGUCGCCGCCCAAACUCCAAGCGAAAUGGUGGAUGUGAAUGGGCACAGUGACACCUUUACUGCAUCCGUGAUUUAUGCUCUAUUGGUAGUGAAGAUGUCCUUACGGGACGCUCUAGAAUACGGCGCCCGAGCAUCGGCGCUUAAGGUGACUGCUGAAGGAUUCGACGUAUUGCGGUGCAUGCCCAAGGAUCUCGUUAAGUGCUACUAUGCAUAAAUGUUAUAAACUGGUUUUCUCCUCUGGAAAUACUAAAUAAAAUUUAAAAUACA